GGAAUCAACGCAUGGCACGUAAUGCAGCCUCGAAAUCCUUUUUGCUGGACUCGGAUUUGUUUGACCCUGAGGACGGAGGUGCAGCCCGAUCUACGGUGACCGAUGCUUCCAAUAUGACCUUGGAAGCGGAAGAGCCCACCAUUCCUGCGGUGUUGUCAGAUACCCCCACGUCGGAUGAGCUCGCAAAAAAUUGCGAAACUUCUUCUGUCGGGGACACAGUAGCUGCCAUCGCUGUACCGCCAGGGAUCACCGUGCCAUUAUACCCGCUCUUUCAGCGUCCUAUAAAAAAGAAUCUGAAAAAAUGCCCUAAGCCCAUGCCCAAAGAUACUAGUACAACCACAACGCGCCAACCAGCUUCACAGACCAGAACGGACUCUGCUGUCCUUGUCGGAGAAAGUCAGCCACCCCUCCAAGUGCCUGCUCUCGUCUCAUCGACUACCCCUUUGGCUCCUCCUGAAAAAUCUAUUAACGAUAUCCUCAAAUCGAAGGGUAUAUCGAAUUUCUUCAAUCCUCGAAGGACCGAAAACGGCAAUAAUGCACGUCAGGGCUCAAAACAAGCGGUCACAGCAUACUUUCCCGACUCAUUUUGUUGCCAUGUUGGUGCAACGCAUCACUUGACUGGUCAGACCAGUAAUCUGGCACCCGGAUUUCAUCCCAAAUCAGAUACCAGCACGGAUCUCCAGCCCAGUGGUGAUAGUAUCGGAGCGAUGCAUGACUUUCUCAGAGGUCGUACUACCCGACGCGUGUGUCAAGAGGAGAAAAAGCUCAGCAGCGGUCAAUCUAUUCCCAAAGUGAAGGCCAACAGAUCUGCUCUCUCGCGCCUCCUGCGUUGUCUGUACUCGUCCGAUGCUCUCUUUACUCCGGCAUGCAAAGCUUUGUACGAUCAACUAAUCAGCCCAAGCACCGGCUUCGGACCAGACGGCUCGAUAUUCAGUGACAAGCCGCUGGGACGACAACAGGAGGACGUGUCCUCAGCUCUUGAGCGUUGGCUAGAACACUGGAAAUACGCAUCUUCCCACAAACCUCCGAAGAAGCGCAGAAAGCGGACUAGUGGUUCGGACUCCGAGUCUCCGCUGAGUGAUUGGGAAGAUUAUUGGGAUGUGGAGUGGAACGCAGCCUCUAAGAAUAUCAUGCUGAUUGGCGCUCCGGGAUCUGGAAAGACCAGGUUAAUACAUUCGGCAGCAAAACGCUGCGGGUAUAACGUAUUGGAGAUCAAUGCUAGCUGCAGACGUAGUGCUAAAGACAUUUUAACGAUUCUGACCGAGGCGACGCAGAGUCAGGCUCUUCCACCGAAGGACGGGGUCAAGUAUCAAGAAUGGGAACUAUAUGAUACAAGGGAUGGCCCACCCUUGCUGGAGCAACGUGAAGAGUCUUUGAACGCAGAGAGCGACGGUUUGGAUGCAUCCCAGGCAAUUGUAGCUGUCCAGCAACUGGAAGGCGUGAUACGAACUGCCAAGAAGACGCGACGGCAAAACCUGAUAUUUUUCGACGAAGUAGACUUUUUGUCCGAGGAUGAUAAGGGGUUCUGGAAAAGCGUACUCACGUUGCUCGAAAAUAGCAAAUGCCCGGCUGCCUUCGCUUGCAAUGAUAAUCCUCUGACACUGUCAAACCCAAGUAUAUCUAGCACCACGCUUCCUCUCCUCAAGGAUCUAAUCACUCCCCUGUACUUUACCCCGCCAAGCGUAGAAGAGCUAACUUGCUAUAAUCAUCUGACACUUUUGUCCUUAAACACCUGGAUCGAGGAUCCCAGUGACCUGGCAAGAUGGUCUGAGGCUGCCCGAGGAGACAUCCGGAGAUGCGUCCAUCGGCUGCCGUUGGCGCUUGUGCCAUCUUGCCGAGAGAGCAACUUGUGUGUUCAUUGCGCGGAGGAGGAAUUAGAGGUUGAGAUGGUAGAUGUUGAAUUGACGGACGCAGAAAAGGAGAACACGUUCUGCCUGAUGCAAUUACCGCCACAGUGUGGGGUGUCGUUCGAAGGAGCCGAGUCAUUGGAUUUUCUGCAGCUCAAUAGUCCUAUCUCCCAUGACCCCCAGACUACGUCACCAGAGAGUACAUAUGAUCCAGAGGAUACCAAGCCGCCCACCACCGCCAACGGACUUUAUCCGGACUAUGGCAGCUCAAUCAACACCGCUGCGACUUGUACUGAAAAUUUGUCGUUCAUGGAUACGGUUCUGCGUUCAACUCAUUGGCGAAUAUCACAGAUGCAAGAACCAGAGUUAGCAUCUACAUCCAUAGGCAUGAACGCAGAUGCAUUAUAUGCAUAUUGUUCUAUUGUUCAACCAGUAUCAUAUCCAGUGGAUGCAGCAUCUGGUCUAUGGGAAGAAUUUUGGGAGGUGGACGUUCAUGAAGAGAGGAAAGAGAAAAGACCAGACUACGGAGAUCUUGGUGAUUUAAUCUCAUCAGGCACACCUGAACGCACUCUCGCACUCGAUAUUCUCCCCAUGUUGACUCUGAUGUUCCGAUUGGAUCGUGAAGAUCCGUCAGCGCCCAUCAGCGAUUCGACUGAACUCGCGUCUCUCCUGGUAAAACGGCGGUUGCGACGAUCUGCUAAACGCUAUGUGAGGUGGUUCGAUGGCAUGGUGCCUGAAGAAAUUGCCAAUGCCUACGGACGAAUAGCGUAUGGCACAGGACCUGAGAAUGGACCGUCGUUUGCAGAGGUGCUGAAGAAGAGGAUGCAGGAGGCUCAGGCUCAGUUGGUUUAUGAGGUAAUGGACGAUCAAGAGUGUUAGAUUAGCUGUUUUGUUUAUAUAGAGUGCCAGACAAUAGAGCAAUUGUAGAUACUAUUGUAUUUGGUUAUCUUGACGGACCGUCAUGGGUUGAUGAAGGGUGAUAUAUAUACAAAAUAAAAUUAAAAAAAGGGCACCUAUGCACGUCUAG